AUGGCAGCGGGUCGCAAGAUUGCAAUUGUCGGCGCCGGUGGCAACUUGGGCAAGCCGACUCUCAAAGCUUUACUGUCAAAGGGUGUUCACACCAUCACUGCACUUCAACGAGCAGAGUCUACGACUGAAUUCCCACCUGAAGUGAUCGUCAAGAAGGGAUCCUUUACAGACGAAUCGUUCCUCGUGGAGACCCUCAGGGGCCAAGAUGUUCUCAUCGUCAUUGUCCCCAUUCCUAACAUGGAUCUUGGCGACCUCUUUAUCAAGGCCGCUAUAGAGGCUGGUGUCCCCUAUAUCCUGCCGACCGAGUUUGGCGUUGAUUCGCCCAAAAUUGUUGGCGAGCACUCCAUGAUGAGACCAAAGGUCACAAGGCGCAACUUGAUUGAGAAAUCAGGGACGAGCAGCUGGAUUGCUGUCAUUUCGAACUUUUGGCUUGAUUUGAACAUCCAGAUCGGGUUAUGGGGAUUUGAUGUGAAGGGUCGAAAGGCAGACCUAUUUCGUGGAGCGGAUGCCAAGAUCUCGACGACAACGCUUGCACGGACUGGCGAGGGCGUUGCUGCUCUUCUCAGCCUGCCAGAGACCGAGUUGGAACAGUACAAGAACAAGUCCUUUUACAUUUCCUCUUUCGAGCUCUCACAGAAGGAGAUCUUUGGCGCUAUUAAGAAUGCCACGAGGACAACGGAUGCAGACUGGAACAUCACGGAGAGAGAUGCGACAGAGAUUAUUCGAGAAUGUGAUCCCAAGAUCAAGGCUGGUGAUGGUUUUGCGGAGUGGACUAGACUGUUUGUUAUGUUCUUCCAGGGCAUGGAUGGCUCAAACUAUGAAGACAAAGCUGUAGAUCUAAGUAAAUACGGGGUGCCGGCUGAGAACCUGGGCGAAGUGGUGUACCGAGCUGUUGCUGGCUUAUAG